AAGAACCAACGUUACAAUGAAGAUUGCUAAUAACACUUUUAUCAUUACAGGUGGAUUAGGUGGUGCUGGUACAGCGAUCGCUAAGGCUAUUAUUUCAGAAGCUGGUUAUGUCGUUUUAUUCGACGUCAUCGAGCAGAAAGCUGGUGAGACUGCCACCAAAGCAUUUGGUGACCAUGCUUUGUAUGUUCGUUGUGAUAUCACAGACGAGGCAAUUUCAAGGGAUGCUGUGAAAAUAGCAGCUAAUGCAUUCGAAAAGAAACUCUCAGGCGUCGUGCACUGUGCUGGUGUCGCGCUUGCUCAACCAUGGACCAACAGAAUUGGAGACCACAUUGCUAGAUUUAAGAAAAUGCUUGAUAUUAAUACAUUGGGUACAUUUAUUAUUAAUGGAUUAGUAGCAGACGCGAUCAACGAGAGAUAUGAACCAGAUAAGAUGAAGAACAACGAAUUCUUUACUACAAAGGAAGAGAGAGGUGUUAUUGUCAACUUCUCAAGUGUAGCUAAAGAAGGUAUUGCGCGCGUUCUUUGCUACGGUCCUACUAAAGCGGGGAGCCAUGGUGUUGGUGUUGCGAUGUCAGAUUUCUUAGCACCAUCUGGCAUAAGAGUUAAUACUGUCUCACCUAGUAUCAUCAAUUCAGCCAUGGUAGGUGCUAAACUUGGUUACUUCAUGACAGAACUCGCAAAGAGCGCUUCAUUCCCACAAAGACCAAUAGAACCAGAGGAGAUUUCAGACGCAGUCCUUUUCCUGAUCAAAAACGGAAUGAUUAACAACUUGGACUUAAAGAUAGACGGACGUUGGACAUUAAUGACGGAUAGAUCUGGGGAUGAUCCACGCCUAAGUUUGACAGAGAUGCAAUAGGCUCUUGUUAACUAAGUAUUUUUCUUAGAAAUAAACCACUCGGAUAUAUUACCCUUUAUAAAGUUGUUUGUCUCUGCUUGAACAUCGAAGUGAAUGAAUGAAUGAUUAAACACUAUAUAUGUGAUUAUCUUAGCCACACCCUUCACUUCCUCUUCUUUGGCCCCUUCUGAUCAUUGUCACUUUUGCGUUUCCUACCACUUCUGGUAGUAGGAAAUUCCCCUUCGUUACUUAUACUAUCCUGAGAAGACGCCUCCAAUACAUACUCCUUGCCCUCUUCGUGAGCGUUACUUACAUUCUUGCGUUUGAUUCCAUUUAUUUUUGCUAUCCUUUCUUUUUUAGUUUCAUGCGACUGAUUAAGUAGGUCGAGACGCUCCAAAGGUGCAUCAACAAAAUCUAGGAUUAUAAGUACCUUCAAGACCAACUCAUUGGGAUCUUCGUCUUUUUGGAAACGUAUAUCAUCCAUCAUCUCUCUAAUUGUAUCUUUUGAAGGCUUUGUAUAAGAAUUUCUUAUUAUGUAAUUACCAAUCAAUCCAAUAAGGUCUUUGAUAGCGUGCAUAUUCUUGUUGAUAAGUGCACGAUCAGCGACCAUCGGUAAGUGAUGUGAAAUAGCAGUAUUGUCGAGAGUUUUAACUUGAUUUACGUAUACUUCCAUCUGUGCAAGUUGCUUGAGCUGUAAAUCAUAAAACAAGACUAAAGAAGGAUGUAAUGCAUUCUUUAAGUCGAUAUAUAGAUCGAUAGCCUUUGUUUCCAGUCUCUUCCGAUAC